CAUGACAAAGAAGAAGUUGAAACCGAGAAUAUAAAGUUAAAACAGGAUUUAGAUGAAUUUAAAAAAGAACUAGAGUCUAAGAAAAAUCAUAAAUUUCAGGAAAAAUGUAUCCUAAUAGCUCAAGUAUUACUUGGGGAAAAGCUGAUAAUCGAGUAUCGUCUUCUCUACUUGAAUGGGUUGAAACUUGAUGCCUUCUUCCAAAAAUACCGAAUUGCAUUAGAACCUAGCUGGUAUAAAGAUGUCAAAAAACUUGAGGAUGUUGUAAAUCGUGAUCGGCUAAAAAGAUGCAUAUGUCAAGAUAACGGAAGUUUUCUCCUUGAA